ACGGUUUCAUAACGUAUAGACAUACGUGUCACGAAAUGAAGGGCUCAAGUAGCUCAUGCCCCACGGACAAGUCAAGCACAAAAAAUAAAUACUCCCUAUAUAUAGUACUUCGUAUAUAGCUUAUGACAUUACCGAUAUCCAUAUAUGUAACCACGUUCAAUCUACAAGCUAGCUAGCAACCAAUCCGAUCUUAGAAAACCAUUCCCUCCUUGCUCCAAGCGUACCCAUGGCUUCCAAAUCACAUGGUUACUUGAAAACCAUGAUGAAUAGCUUGAGAGGAAGAUAUGCAACAUCCGCAAGUCCAGAAUUGAAGCCUUCUGCUACUGCUGCUGUUGACAACCUUAUACUCAAAGAAUUUCUACCCGCCAGGUGGAACGGGCCUCCAAAUUUAUUAGACGAGGAAGAACGGGGAUUUGGUGCCGUUUUGCGUGGCGGCAGGGCUGAUAGCGGUGUCAACCACCUUGGGGCUGCACACCGCCGUGCAACAGUUGAAGCGGGCGCCCAAUGUGGCGGUGAGAAAAUCGAGAAGGCAAACGCUGCCGGAGGUGGUGGAGCCGGAGCACGUGGCGGAGGUGUCUCGCCAAUUCAUCAGCAAAUCCUUCCUCCGGAAAGUCGCUCAUAUUCAUCGGAGUAAUGCUACCACCGUCAAGUCCAUUCCCCACUCCAAUCUAUGGUUGUGUUUUCAUCACUAGAGUUGCAGAUGUAUUUACAGCUCGCCUCAAGCGGAGAGACAGGAAAAGCUGCUAGGGAGAGUCAACGCCGUGAUUUUCAUGUGCUUAUGAGUAUGGACUGUAUUGAAUUACGGAGUAUUAUUCUCGGGGGCAGAGGUAGAGGCUAGGGGGACAAGGCCCCGGCCCACUCCUAAUUCUAAAAUUCUUUAUAUUUUUAGUGUAAAAACAUACGUGUAAAAAAUUAUUUGUGAUAUAAAUUGAAUUAUUGAAUCAUUAUUAUGUGAUAUAAAUUACUCAUAUCCGAUUAUCCGAAACACGAUGUGCAUGAAUUAUGAGUUCUUAUUCUAU